AUGGCGGCCUUUCUCAGCCAUGAUAGCUCACCUCUUGCCGAGGUAGCGCCCGUCAACAUGGCGGUCGCUGAAGACGACUUUGCAGAGCGCUCGUCGCCGCGUAAUAUCCCACCGCCUGUCACGAUCCCCCCGCAGUCAAACGACAAUCUUCCUCCACUCUCGCCUCAGCCCUUUGGUGCUCUUCCUAUCCGCCCGGCUGGAGCUGGCCAUCGCCGGGGAGGAAGUGAGUUCGUUGGUGGCAACGCUCGUUCUGGAGAUGCGUUUGCUCUUAUCAGUACUAGCCCGACAAAGUCUGAGAGCAGCCUCACGUCGCCGUCCCUUGCACCUGUGCCCAGCUCUCGCGGCCCCCCCCCCAAUGGCCCCCCACCCGGUCGGCGUGGCCAUGCCCACAGACGAUCGGCAGCUAUUUCGAUCCACGACCUAUCGGAUAUGCUGAUUCCGACAACGCCAACCCACCAGACCCGUGGCAAUAGCGCCCCAUCCAGUCCGUUGGAGUUCGGCCCCGGGCUGAAGGCCUUCGCCUUUCCGAUGGCAACAAAAUCCGACGACAAGCUCAAACCGGGUCCUUUGCCCCCCGUCGAAGUCGUGAAACCCAACGAUGUACCACCGGCCUCCUUGACACCCACAUUUGUUUUCCCGGAUGAGCCCGAUCAACAAUCUGCCGACUUCAGAGCCUCUAAUCGUGCUAGGGUUGGAUUUUCCGACACUCUUGAGUUCAUCCCUCGGCCUCUGUCCCUUGUCUCCAAUGACACAGCCAGCACAAUCACCGCACGGCCCAUGGCUGGAAGUAGUGGCACCUCUGGCCACUCCGUCUCUGAGAGCAUCUCGUCGGUUAUAUCACUGAAUUCGGCAGGCCUCACACCUAUAGUCCGAAGCACUUCAAGUGGAACUGUGCCGGAGUCUCGGCCCAGUACAGCUGGUGCUGUGCUGGAGCGUUCUCAAAGUAUCACGGCCGACGAUCCUGACAGCUCAUUGCCCCGAAGACGCAACUCAAUUCCUCUGCUUUCGUCUAUUCCGACAGAUUCGGAGCUAUCGGCAGAUGCUGCCACGAAAGGCGUUGCGCCACGUCUCCCUAGUCCUAUCAAGACGCCCAACAAACGAUGGUCCUUUUUCGGCCUGGAUCCUUUCAUCACCAUUGGCAACAGCUCACCAACACGACCACGGGCAGGAGCGGCGGAGGCCGUAGACGGGUCUGCGAUUGCAGAUGCUGCAGACGCGUCUUUUACUGGCCCUGUGGCACUUGCGACGGCCCGAAGCCGAUCCCUUGACAGGGAUGCUGUGAUUACGUCCAGACCGGCCUCUGUGAGAACAGUGUCGCGGAAAUCGAGCAAGAAGAAGAAGAAGGCAAAGAGCUGGGGAAUCUUAACAAGGAAGUCGAAGGCGCGGCGAAAGACUAGAAGAACGCCAACGCCUCCACCGAUCUCGCAGACUGCCUUUAGCGAUGACGAGGAAUCUUUUGAGGAGCAGACUUUUUCGGGGGGUACAAUCGAUGAGACUACCGAAGUCCUCGCACCUCCGACAGUGUUUGUCACUCCGUCUUAUUCACCGACCGAUUCAGACAGCACAGCAGAGGCGUGGCGACUGCCUCCGUCGCCUUCAUACAGCAUGCCGGAUGACGAUGCUUCUUUCGCCAUGAUCGACCUCGACGCGGCGCUUGGUCCCUUUAAUACGCCUCUGCCACAAAAUGCCGAGUGGGAGGCGGCACAGAGAGCCGGCGGAAUGACGAAGCGGCAGCUGCACAGUGCCGUUGGCAUGACCCGCUUCUCUGGACCCGGCAUGCACUAUUCCCACAGACGCGCGGAGAGUGCUCCUGAGAUGCCACCAUUCAAUAGAGCCGGCCUCCCGAGAUUUAGCAGCUCAGGUGCAAUGGCAGACGUCUUUGAAGAGGAUGAAGAGGACGACGACGACGAGGGCAAAGGGAAGCGGCGCCAGAUGCUUAUGACAGCCGACAGUUCUGAUGCUGGCUCUGUGGUCUAUUCCGCUUCGGUAGGCGGAAGCACUCCGCCGUGGCGUCCUACACGGGUGACCGAGCGAACGUCGAGCAUCGACAUUCGCGUGACGUCUACUGACGGCCGUGCUGCUGCGGACAAAGGGGUGGAUAUGUCGACGGCGCCCAGCGAAGAUGCCAUAUCCUCCGCUGCGCUGAGCAGGCGUGGCAGUGGGCUGAGCGUGAUGAGUGACGACGACAAGACCCAGCUCAGCACUGGCCUGAAGUCUGAGUACUCAGCAAGCUCUCUUCAUGAAGGUGCGAAAAUGGAGGAAGGGUUACGUGGCCCCCCUUUUGAUGUUCCCGACAGCGGAUGCGACGUUACGGUGGAGUCGGCGUCGGACUCGACCGUCCACUCGAUUGGUCGUGUGAGGAAGGGCAAGGACCUGGCGCCCGUGGUUGUGAUGAUCGUGAGCCCGCUCCACCUUCCGCCUAUGUCGCUGGCUCCUGUCAGCCCGUUCUCGAUGCCAACAACUUCGACUCACCCGUCGCCACGGUCGCCGAUGUCGCUUGAGGCAAACCGCGUGUCGACGGCACCGUCGUCUGUCACAGAGGACAACUUCCAGUCGCUUUUGAUGGGUGCGCCUGGGCCCGAGCUCCGGCGGUCGCUCGACAUCCCGUCUCUGACGCCGUCUCUGGCGAGCAGCACUUCGACGACAACGCGGGAGAGUGGAGUUCCGCCAUCUCUGCACACGGCGCAGGGACCUCAGACACGACCGUUUCUACCGUCUCGGGAAGCGGAACGGCCGGCGUCCUUCACAUAUACGGCCUUUGGACGGCGGCGGUCGAGUCUGGCGAGUCUGCACCGGCUCAUCAACACGUCCCAUGGCGAGCGGAGCAAGCUGUCGAUGGAGGUGCCGCUGGACAGCAGCAGCAUGCCUGAAACUGCUGAGGACGCAGAAAAGAAAAGGCCAAAAUCCAGCCGCAGCAAGCGGCUAAGUCGGAUGAUGCAAUUCUGGCGAUCGAAAGGCGAGGCGGAGUCCUGA